AUGCUCGUCGUCGCGAAAAAAAUCUCAAACUUCCUCCAAUUCCGUCCAAUCCUUAUUCUAUUCUUCUGGAGUCUUGCAAGCUUUACGUUCUUCUUAAUGACACUAAGCUUUGAGUUGAUGCACAUUCAAGUCAUGAGCGAUAACAAUACAAUCCCCGUGGCCAAAGAAUCCUCAGGAAUUUGGCAAGAUCCCCAAAUCCUCCUUCCCUUCAUCCUGAUCCCCCUCAUCUGCCUGACCAUUUUCUCCCGAAGUAUUCCAGUCAUCAUUUCCACUGCGAUUUCUACAUUUCUAUCAAUUUGCAUACUAUCUUUUCUAUCUCAUCUUAACCAUUACUUCGACCCGGAUCCAAUGUAUAUCGUGGUGAUUCUACAUGUCACCACAGCGAAUUCCAUAUUUUUGAGAAGGUGUUGGGAUAAGUAUCGACGAGGACCCUGCUCCUCCACCAUCGUCCGUCUUCUCCUUGCCACCGUCGACAAAUCUCUCCCGAUGCUUCUCACAACCUCUACCUGUGCCUCUAUUAUUCCAUUGGUCUCUAUAAUUGUAUCCCCAGCCAAAACAAUCAUCCCAUCAGUCACCCUAUGCCUCCUAAACCUCCUUCAGAAUGUGUGCACGAUGACAGUAAUCCUAUCAGUGCUGCUGAUCCGAAAUACUUAUAAUUGGUGCAUCCCAUCAAUCCGUCUAAGCUGUGUUCGUGGAAUUCAGGCGUUUUUCGAGGAGAAACUUGUUUAUUUCGCACAUCUCAUGUGUCAAAUCGGGCAGAAAAUGUUGUCAUCCCCCGUCAAGAUUCCUUUCGUUUUCACGUAUUUGGUGGUGAUCAUAGGAUUCGUAACCCUGAACCUAAUCCGACUCAUCAAUUUUAUGAAUGUCUCCAUCAACAAAGGAACCGUCGAAUGCUCAUUCUUUCGUUGCUACGAGUCCAUCACUCUAACCCUAUCCCUUUUCAUCGUACCGCCCGUUUUCUUCUGCACUAUCAACAAAAUUCAAGUGAAUACAAUGAUCGCGUUGAUAGGCUUCUCAUUCUGCCUUGUAGUUUUUGAGUUGUUAAGGGAAUUUGUGUUUGAAGGCGUGCGAGUGGAGCCUAUCCAACAUGUCGUGCUUAGCAUCAUCCCUGCAGAUGGUGCCUUAAGAUUCUGUAACAUGUACAGUAUGUCACGGAAGAAAAAUCAUUCUGCCAAAGUGUUGGAUACUGUAGACACACUGUUUUCUCAAGUGACUGUCUCAUCGAUUUGCUCCACCUCUGCACUCAUUUACCUCUUCUAUUAUUUGAACAACUCCUAUCUUAUCCUGUUGGUUUUGAUACUUCUUGUCAUCAACUGGGUCACUGUCAUCUUCUUUUACCCGAGUGCGAUCGCUAUGAUCGGUUCGAUGGCAUGUGUUGGAAAGCGACGUGGAAGUCAGAUAUCUGAGACUAGAAGCAUGAAUACCGAUAGGUUUUCGUCUCAUCUGUUGGUGGAUAACCCGGACUAUACGAAGAAAUACUCGACUAGUAACUAUUACGGACCGGCAAUGCAGAAAAGGUCUUAUAACGUGUUGGUGACUGAUUCUCGUAGAGCGUCGAUGCCUGUUUCAGUGCAACAGAUCGCGAUUUCCAGCGCGACAGGACCAAUUCUUAAGAAAAGAUCCUGGGCAAAUGGAGCAUGUUUCUCUGUGGAUGGCGUGAUUACUAUGACACCUCGUGAGGCGCUGAAACUGAUGAGAAAGGAGGACUCGAUCACGAGUGAUAACAUUUUGAUCAAGGAACUUGCAUUAAUUUGA